AUGUCUUACCAAUACACGGUGACUGAGCGCAGGCGCAGAACUACGAACACCAGUGGCCACGGCAGCAGGUCGACAUUUGGGUACUGGGUGCCACUGGUGCUCACGGUAACAGCAGCAACAAUUGGACUCGCUGCCUGGGUAUGGAGCGAACGGCGCGAUGACGAGGAAGACUCUAGUGAAGACGAACACUACGCGGGAGGUGUCCCACCUCCAGGCUAUGCAAGCAUGAGCGGCGCAAUAACCCCUGGCCCAGCACCACCAGGUGGAUUUCAAGGCCCCCAAUUCCCAGGUCCCGAUCUACAAGAUCCUGCAGCUCCGAUGAUGCCUGGCCAGCAACAGCCUGGUGGUUUUGUUCCCUUCGCACCGGGAGGAUUUCAAGGUCCACCACCAGCAGGGUUUCCUAGCGGCGGAGCACAGUACGACAAUGCCCGCUCAAGUGCAGUCGAGCAGCCGGGGGAGGCAGGUCUAGUAGCAAGAAUGUCAAGCGCAUUCGGGUUUGGCCGUUCAACGACCCCUUCCCAGAGCCAACCUCAGAGUCAAGCCCAAACGUACGACUGGGCCAACAAACCAUUCUCAGCCGGGGUUGCAGCAGCCGGCGCAAUGUUCGGUGCCGCUAUUACCUCGCUAAGUGGUGGAGGUACCGAAGCGUAUGAAGAUCACGAGAGAUGGAGCGAAGAGGCGGAGCAGCGGGACAAUGAACGAGAAAUACAGCAAGGCAUACGACGACGUGGGACAGCGGAAGAAUUCUUUUCCGGCCAUGUUGAUAUUCCAAAAUAUACAUCCAUUGCGAGACAGAAGAGAAGGAACGUGGCUGUGGUUGUGUCUGCUGUUGGCCCUGCCGCUGAUGCUGAAUCGGAGGUGGGUCACCAUGCCUCCAUUCUCACGCAUCUCUGGGAGCAUAUCGAUACAGACAGGACGAGAGUCUUUGUUCUCAUCUACGCGCCAGAUCUCAAAACACAUCCGCUGUGUCCGGUCGCCGCCAGCCGCCCUUCGCAGUCUAUGACCUCGUCGUUCUCAAACAUCAGCCAGACUGAUGCUCAGACUCCAUCCCAUACUCCGGGAGAAUUCUUGUCUGGAACAGGAGAAGUUCUUCUGGCAUCGGUGGAUCCCAUACCAAUUGAUGAACCAGCCUCCCUCUACCAGACUCUCUAUAGCCAAGCCACCGAGAUCGUCGACCACGAGACUCUGAUCCUCCCGUUCACCACUCCUCAUGGGCACAAGCAUAUCCUACGAAGCCUGGCUCCUGAGAUUGUGUACAUCCAGGAAUCUCUCUGUGGUCGGGAUGGAGAAAUCGUUUCAGAUCUGUCGGGCUGGGUCCGGCAAACGGUCGUCGUGAUUGGGGACGAAGGCGGCCAUGGCGGUUUAAUUGACACGGAUGAUGAAUCAGCCGUCCAGAAGCCGGAGACGUGGUGGCAGAAGGAAGAACGGACUGGCCUCGGGAAACAGGUUACAGUAGUGGAGAGCCUGAAAAUAGGGGAAGACUGGCGAAGACGCGUUGACGAGAGGGACUAG